GUUUUGCAAUCAGUGGUCACAUGACCAACAUUGGCUCGCUUUACUAUGAACUUUGGCUCACUUCCUCACUUUGGGGCAAAGGUGUUUUAAUGGUAGGUUUAUUAACUUUUUAGUGGGAAGGAAUUAGUCUGUUUUCAAGCGUGCGAUUAAAAUCCGCCGUACAGUUGAAAGUCUCGUUUUAGAAACAUGGAUGAUGGCGCCUCGGGGGAACCGGCUGCCUCCACCGACACUCGCGCCAGACAAGCCCCAGUUAUAGAGCGCCUCUCUCGGUAUGGCAUGCCGGUCAUGUCCGGUGCGUCGAACCGGAGGUCGCGGCUGCUGCAGAGGCGGCAAGAAGACCAGGCGGGGAGGGCUGCAGCAGGUCCUGACCGCGCUUCCUUCACACCUGCCCUGCGAGAUGCAUUGACCUUCCAGCGGGACCUCCCCUGGGCUUUGUACCCCAUGGAGCACGCCUGGAUGCUGUCCGCCGUGGAGGGGAACUACGACACCCUCCUGGAGUUCGUCUCCGAGGACCCGCUUCUCCUCACCAGGCGGGACUUCAUCAGCGGAUACUCGGUCCUCCACUGGCUGGCCAAGAGCGGCCGGGACGACACCCUCCUCAAGCUGCUCCACCACGCCGAGAAAGCCGGCGGCGGGGCUGCGGUGAGCGUCGACGUGCGGGGCAGCGGCGGCCUCACCCCGCUGCACGUCGCCAGCAUGCACGGCCACGACGCGGUCGUCAAGCUGCUGGUGGGGGCUUUCGGCGCCGACGUGGACGCCAUGGACUACAGCGGCAGGCGGGCCUGGCAGUACCUGCGGCCGGACGCGCCGGUGGAGAUGAAGGAGCUGCUCGGGAUGUGGGAUGACCAGCACGCCGGUGGAGGCUCGACGAAUGCGAAUAAGAACUGCAAUAACAGCGGCGGCGGCAGCGGGGUUGUUGACGCCGCACCGUGUGAUCAAGUGGACGGACAGCCCGAACACGUCAGCCCGCUUAGCAGGACGUGGUUCGGAUAUUUUAGGAGGUUCUCCUUUCGUGCCAACAGACGCUGAAAACUCUGACCUACCUUGGAAUAGGGGUGGCCAUUAAAUUGUUGAAAUAUAAUCGAACGAUGCAAGAAAAAAAAUCAAGACAAUGUGAGAAAAAGGUUACAUUUCAUACACACUAGUACCUAAUUAACAGCUAAGCAGAGCUUGACAUUCCUAUUAAGUGUUCUUUGCAGUCUAACAUACCUAUCAAACAAAUAUUAAAUACAAAGUCUCCAUGGCCUUUUAAAAUUGUAUCCAGUAACAAGCGUGUCCGCAUCAUUCAACUUUAAUGCGUGAGCUUAAUGAAUCUGGGCCAGGUGUCUCCACAAAACAAUUUCUUCAUAGACCGCUUUUUCUCAGAUUCUACCCUACAAAAUGUUGACAUAUGGGAUUAAAAUCUAUUUGCCAAUAAUCAAAGUUUCAAUAUCAGUGUCAAAGCUCUAGCUUUAGAUAUACUUCUAUAUUUAUGCAGAUAUAAGGACGCCCCUGCAUUAAAAGGUUAAUCACAAUUAUCUGCUUUAAGUGAAGUUCUGCUGCUGGAUGUGAUCCCAGUGAUAUAUUUGGUAUCGCCAUAGCAACAGUACUCACUGGUGUAGCUUGUUUUUCAGGAGCUAUAUUUGGCUCGGGCCUCAAAUCCAACACAAACUUCAAAUCCGCUGCAUUGCUCUUUCAUGCAAGAAUUUGCAGAGUGGGCAGGAUUGGACGCCUCAAGAGCUCCUUGUCCUCCCUGCUAGCUUGGAAACAUUGAGCAACACUUCCUCCAGAAAAACAAAUAUGAGCCAUCACGUCUCCCCUCCUGCUUAUGUGUUUCAAAGGAUGCGCAAGCAAACACGAUCAUGUUGGAGCUUGAUCACAGAUCUUUUAUUGUCAAACCGGAGAAUGUGUACAAAACUGUCGCUGCUCCAGAUGACACAGAGUCCCCCUCCACAAUAAAAGGUGAAGCCCAGCAGGUCGGAUGGAAUGGAUGGAUGCUGGAUCCAUGGACCAGGUCUUGUUUACAGGCCAAGCUUAGUCCUCCUCCAGUGUCUCCUCUUGGAGUUGUACCUGAAAUCAAGGUGCAUGUGUGACAUUACAUCACAAGCUCUUUAUCCUGCUUAAAUGUUCAGCCAAAAAUGUGAAGAUUCAUAUAUCUUGUUACUAAACAGCAGCAAUGUUUCAGCUCCAGAGGAGCUUCUUCAACAUGAGUGAAGAAGAAGAUCUCUGAAGCAGAAAUGUUCUCAGCAGGAUUAAUGACAGCAUUUCACUUCACAGAAAUGCUGCAAUUGCAGACCUGCUUUGCCUCCAUGUUGAUACGGCCCCUUGAAACAACAACAAUCCAUACACCCACAACACAUCUCAUCUGCUUGUGUUGUGAACGACAUCAUGGAUGUAACAUUAAAGUACAAACAGUGGUCACAA